CUUUGAAAUAUGUCAAUAUUGUGUUUAGAGAACGUAAACUUCGCAAUAAACAAUGUCAUGCUGUGUUGUUUUACAAAAAGAAAGAUCUAUUUACAAUAUCAUAACUGGCAACGUCUGCAGAUAGAGUGAAACAUAACUUUUAUAAUAUUUUUUCCUUAUAAAAAAUAAUACUUUCCAUUCUUUGAUAGUAAGCGAGAGCUACAAAACCAGAAUAUAAUGUGAUAUUCUUUUUCUUUGAAAACAAGAGUAUAAACUUUCCUUUCCGUCAUUUUAUAUUUUCUCGGAUAGUGUGUCUCUUUUUUACCCCAAGGGUUUUAUUUGGGUAAGUUUUCGUAAUGUUUAUGCACUAGUGUCUUGUUAAAUUUCUCUAAUUUAGAUCUGGAUAAUUCAAUGUGGGGCUAAUAAAUGCUGCUAGGUUUUUAACAAAGGUUUAUAAUUUUAGAAUCUGAGGUAAUGCAGCUAAAGUAGAUAUGAACGAUCCAAUUGAUCCGUCAUCACCACGUAUUAUAAAGGCGCUUAUCCCCGCAAAAAUAUGUUAUUUUGCAAUCUAUGGAACUAUGGGUUGUGUUUUACCAUACCUAAUAAAUUUCUUCCAUUCCAUUGGUUUAUCUGUUACGCAAAGCGGUCUUAUUGCUGGUAUAAGAACUAUCUUCUCACUAGUAAUAUCACCUUGUUUUGGUGCAAUAGCUAACCACUUUCGCAGAGAGAAACUGCUUCUAAUGACAUUACUUACUUUGACAGCUGCAACAAUUGCACCUUUACCAUGGAUUGCCAAAGCAGCAGAUGCUAAGAUUGGGGUGGAGAACAGUGCAGGAGAUAAGUUAUUUUAUGUCAUGCUUUUGAUGCUUUCCCUAACAGCUAUAUUUGGUAUUGCAAAUCUCGGCUUUAUUGAUUCUGCAGCAAUGCGUUUAGUUCAAAGACAUCAAAAUGAAACUACUUUUGGUUAUCAACGAGUAUUCGGUCCAAUUGGUUUAGCUCUUUUUUCGUUUCUUGCAGGGUUUUUGUCAGAUCAAUACCAAAUAGAGGGUGUGUCAAAAUAUUCUGCUGCUUUUGUGUUAUACAUACCCUGUUGCUCCAUUUUGUUUGUUUCUGUUAUAUUUCUGGACCAAUCAGAUUACAGAAUUAGGGAAGAAUCUGAUGAAAUAUUGACAAAAGAUCACAAAGAAUCAGAUUCUGAUGACUGCCAAAAUGAAAGUAUAUCGAAGCCAUUGGUAACAUGCCAUAAGGAGGUCACUAGUAGUGAAAAAAGCAGAUUAGAAAAAGAUGUAAGAGUAAAAGCAAAAGAAGAAAGAAAGGUAAAAGACGAUAAUGGUAAAGUUACUACCUUUACUUUCGUGGAAAACGAGUGUAUUGAAAACCAGGAAUGUGAAUGUGUUUUAAGCAAAAACAAAACAAAAGUUGCAAAAACUUUAUUCUCAACAUGUCGCCAAUUGAAAGUUAUCUUCUUCUUGAUCAUUGUAGCACACAUGGGAAUCAAUUUCUCUCUAAUAAAUGGAUUUCAAGCUAUAUUUAUGGAGAAGGAGUUGGGAACAACAAAAACCAUCAUUGGUUUAGCUUCAGCAUUGUCACCAGUAUCUGAGAUUCUAGCAUUUCCUGUCUCAGCAAAGUUAAUAAAAUUGUUUGGUGUUUAGGAAACUUUACUGGAAGUAUUGUUGGAGGAGUUAUUUAUGAUAAGUACGGUGGUAGAUGGUUAUUUAGAGUGUCAUCAAUUAAUUGUGGCUUUAUGACUGGUUUAAUUGUUUUGUACUUCUUUUUGUAUGAAAGAAAAAGUAGACACAGCUCAAUUGAUGUACCCAUGAAUGAAAUCGUGGAACAAAAUUUUUGAUGAAAGUACUACAAAUAAGGCAUGAUUUUAUAAGAAGACUAACUUUAUUUCACCAAGGACUAUAACUCUAUUUAAUAAAAAUUAUGACUGAUGAAAAUUGAGCCUCACAAAAAGGCCAAAUGUAAAAUUUUAUAAAACAAAAAUUGUGAAAGUUUGAUGAAAUUAAUCACGUUUGUUAUGCCCCACUUUGUAAUAAUUGCCCCACUUUGUAAUAUCUGCCCCACUUUGUAAUUAUCUUGCCCCACUUUGUAAUACCUUCCCCACUUUGUAAUAACUUUCGCCCCACUUUGUAAUUUCGGAGCUGCUCCACUUUGUAAUUCAUCGUUGCCCCACUUUGUAAUUUUCGGAGCUGCCCCACUUUGUAAUAAUGUCUUGCCCCACUUUGUAAUUUUUGAUUUUUCGCAUACUGACCAAUAUGCAAUUCUUAUGACGUCAUCUUUUGUUAUUUUAUCGGUGUUCUGGAUGCUCUGUCUUGUUAUUUGCAAUGAAACGCGUGUCACACGUUAGUAGAAUGACUACUUUUAAUUUUUAUAAGCAAGCGUUGUAACAUCACAUGCACUGACUUUCUUUUUGUGAAAAAAUGUACUACCUGAAGUGUUUUCAUACCAUAACAUAACAGAAAUAUAAUACAAACAGUAGGUAAUGUGUUUUUUGCAUAACAUAACAUAAGAAAUAAACUUGCAGCAAUCUUAACAUAACAUGCAGACUAAUCAGUUCGAGGAUUUCAACGUGACCUUUUUUACAGCAAGCAACGUGUCACCCCGAGUGUAUCUACAAAUCAAACUCAGGUAAAAAAGCACUACUUCUAAAUAGAAUGAAAGAAAGAUAAAAAAUGUGAACAAAGAUACGACAAUUUCUACCUGUGUGAUUUAUUGGAAGCAAUUUACUUGUCAAAAACAUUAGAACAUAAACGAAGACUAUCGAAAAUAAAAGUUGGAAUGAAUAAAAGACUAAAAAUCACUUCUUCGAUUUCCACACAAUGUUUUCUAUUAUAUACCAACCAUAGACCAGCAGUUGUAAAUUUAGCCAUGCCGUGUUCCAUUUCGGAUGGUUCAGGAUGGUCUUCAGCUCUAUGACCAUUCCAGAGAAUGAGCAGGCACUUUUUACAAUCCUUUGCAUGCCCACCCGGAUUGAAUUUGAUGCUAUUAUAGCUUUUUUUUUGUGGAAGGGUCUUUUUAUACGGUACGUAAACUCUUGGCAAAAAUUUGCGUAAUUUUUCGGAAUCACAAACAAUUACUAAUUAAUUAAUAACAUACGUUUCGCAAGUGUGCAUAUGUGGAAACGAUAUGCAAGGGCCAAUUGUAAUCGCUGCAUUGCAAUACUAACAUCAAGAUCGUUUCUAUAAUUUCUGGUGGCAAAUCAUCGAAGUUGAAAUUGCGAACUAAAGUUUGAAUAAAAUAUAUUUGCUAUUGUUUUUGUUACAGAAUAACAAUACAAAAUGAUACAAUAACGAAUGUGCUUACCUUUCCGUGUGCAGUAAGAUAAACUCGGACUUCCAAUUGAAUGUCUGAGUCUCAUAGGCUUGUGAUUGAGGGUGGUAAGGUCUGCUUUUAAUCAUUUUUAUUUUUUUCCACUGACAAUACAUUUGAACUGAUCCAUAAAACUCUUUACCCUGGUCACUUUGUAAAAUACUAGUGGUCCCAUGUAAAUUGUAAAUUUUCUCAAGCUCCAUUCUAACCUUGCUUGCAUGUUUUGAAGACAGUGGUACUAACCAGUGAAAGCGAGAAAAGACAUCGACAGUACAUAACGAUACGUUUUCCUUUGAUAUUCAAAUUGCAUAUUUUUCAUGUCGACCAGAUCGAUUUGAUGGGUAUGAUGAACCUGGAAGGCAAACAAUACUUUUUUUAAAUUGUCUCAUUAUCUAGCGUAAUUAACACAAGUCAACUGUCGAUAACGAUAAAGGUAAUACGAAAAUACAAAGUAACGUCAUUUCACAAUUAUGUAAAUCAAUUCAGCAACCUUGAUCACAGUCUUCUUAAGUUUGGAUGAUAAGAAGGGGGGAUCCAACGUCGCAAAUAAACUAGAGGGCGAGGUUUUCUUCCCCAUGCCUUUACAUUUAAUUUAAAAUGAUCACAGUAUGAAUAGAACCUACCUCAUUUGCAGUGACUGGUUUAGGAACUGCUUUGUUGCUGAAUUUCACAGUAAAUUUUUUAAACUCAGCAUCAUUUGAUGUUAUACUGAGAAUUUUUCUGCGACUGAUUCCCGACUGAUUCCAAAAAAGCAAGUUUAUUUGAUGUAAGUAAUAAAUUAUCUUUUAUGCUAAUAAUAUGCUAUAAACCUCUCUAUAACCUGCUACAACACAACUAACUUUAUCAAAACUCACAACGGCUUGAUGAUUAUUAUUCAGAAGUUAUUUCAUUGUUUUGACACCUUGAUAAUAAUGGUGACGCGUGUCGCUGCAGAACUCAUGAGAGAAUACUAGCUGGUGAUGAUAAAAUUUUCGAAAAUACAAAUACAAAAAAACAUAACACUUUUACUCAUUUUUUACUUUUUUACUUUUACUUGUUUUCUGAGUUUUCUUUUUUCAAAAAAAAUCCAACUGGAGCUAUAAUAUUUUAAUAUCACGUGUACAAUGUACCUGCAAGCACUUUAUCAUUUAUACUAACUUCCAAUUUGAGUACCCUUUCAGUGUGCUUCGUUUUGAAUUUAUAUCGCGCAACCUCCUUCUAAAGCUUUUUUCUAUGGAAACGUCUGAAAGGCCAUUGAUGAGCAAAAUAAACCAAAAAUUACAAAGUGGGGCAAGACAUAUUACAAAGUGGGGCAGCUCCGAAAAUUACAAAGUGGGGCAACGAUGAAUUACAAAGUGGGGCAGCUCCGAAAUUACAAAGUGGGGCAAAAGUUAUUACAAAGUGGGGCAGGUAUUACAAAGUGGGGCAAGAUAAUAAGAAAGUGGGGCAUAACAACGUUCUACUAUGUUCGUGGAAACUAACACGCCAAUAUUUUAAGUAUUCUUU